AAUUUUUGCUCAAAACCAGUUUGACCAUCUGCCCGCGGACAGGUCACAUCGUGCUCGUUUUCAUGUGCGUUUUCGUCGUCUGCGUCGUCUGGUGAAAAACUCUUUACAGUUUCGUAGCCUUCAAAAAGCGGUUUUCCGUGAGUAUGAACUCCACCGACAGUCCGAACGUUCCGGCGGUCAUCGACCCGGCCCCGGCCGUCAGCGAGCCUACCUUGAUCGGUAUUUCACAACUUCAAGACCCCGGCGAUGUUUCUGCGGUGGCGUUUGAAACGGAGGAGGAACGCGAGUACCGGGAUGGCCUGGAGCGCGAUCGGUUAAAUCGGUUAGCGUUUCUGGAGACGCAGUUUUCCGUGUUUAACGAGUUUAUCAAGGAGCGACGCAACGGGGAGCCGAAGGCGCCUGCCAGGAAGCCGUUGGCCCCGUUGGAUGAGAACAAUAACAACGGCGAGAAGAAGCGGACCAGGCGGCACGUAAGCCGGAACAAGGAGGAGGCGGAGGUUGAGGCGUUGCCUUAUUUUACGGAGUCGCCGCCGUUUAUCAAGAACGGGGUGAUGAGGCCGUACCAGGUUCAGGGCUUGAACUGGUUGAUUUCGUUGUACGAGCGGGGAAUCAACGGGAUUUUGGCGGACGAGAUGGGCCUGGGAAAGACGCUGCAGAGCAUUUCGAUUCUGGGCUAUUUGAAGAAUCACAAGAACAUUAAAGGGAAGCACAUUGUGAUUGUUCCGCUGACGACGAUCGACAACUGGAUGCGAGAGUUUGCGCGUUUUCUGCCGGAAUUGCGCAUCCUGCGAGGUCACUGCUACAAGCCGGACAAGAAAGCGUUCUUCGAAAAUCUUGCCUCGAACAAGUGGGACGUGGUCGUUACGAAUUACGACUUUUUCGUAUCGUCGUUUAACAAGUUCAAACAGAUCAACUAUCAGUACGUGAUUCUGGACGAGGCUCAGCGCAGCAAGAACGAGCAUACCCGGCUGGCGCGGUUCAUGCGACAGCUCACUCACCGGAACAUGCUGUUUCUCACCGGAACGCCCGUCAACAACAACCUUCACGAGUUGUGGGCGUUGCUGAACUUGCUGCUGCCGGAGUUCUUCCAGAACGCGGACGAUUUCGACUCGUGGUUCAAGAUGGAAGACUGCAUCGAUCCGAACCACGAGCGGGCCGUCAGGCUGAAAUCGAUCCUGGAACCGAUCAUGCUGCGCCGGAUCAAGGCCGACGUCGAGGCUGGCUUGCUGCCCAAGAUGAAGACAACUUUUAUGCCGCAAACGCGCACUCAACGGUACUGGUCCAAGCGGGUACUCUGCCGGGACGUUCCGCUGCUCAAAGGAGACGGGACCUACGUCGGCAUGACAAUGGGCAUGCUGUUUGUGUACCUGCGAGAGAUCACCAUCCAUCCGUACAUGAUUCCGCCGGCAGACCCGGACUCCAACUCGCUCGGUCAACACCUGGUCGACUCGUGCUCUCGGAUGAUCGUUCUGGACAAGCUGCUGACCAGGCUGAAGGCACGUGGCUCACGCGUGCUGCUUUUCUCUCAGUUCGUCCUGAUGCUCAACAUCCUCGAGGACUAUCUCGUCUGGAAGGGUUACAAGUACUCACGACUUACCGGCACGACCCCGCAGGAAUCGCGCCAACAGAUGAUCGACGAGUUCAACUCCCCCGGGUCGGAAACGUUCAUCUUCAUGAUCACAACGCGUUCCGGCGGACUCGGCAUCAACCUGCCCACCGCCGACACCGUCAUCUUCUACGACCUGGACUGGAACCCCCAGGCGGACUUUCAAGCCGAGGACCGAGCCCACCGAAUCGGUCAGCUCAAGCAGGUCCACGUGUUCCGCUUCGUCAUCCUGGGCACGGUCGACGAAGCCGUGUACGGCCACUCCCAGCGCAAAACCCAACUCGACAAAGCGAUCGUCAAGAAGAGUCUCGGCGAUGCCGACACCCAGCACGCGGUCGAAUACCACCGGCAGCAGCUCGAGUCCGGCCAAAACAUGGACCCGACGGCCGUCGACGGCAAGCUCGACGAAAUCUUCGCCCAAAUUGACGGCGGCGAACGCAGCGCAGCACUCGGCAAUCUCUGCCAGGAGAUUCACCUGAAGGCGCUCCGCAAGCGAACGCUGUCCGAGGACGAAGCGCUCGAGGCGAUCAAACCACCGGCGAAGAAGCCGAAACCGGAGCUGGAUCUCACCAGCGGCUAUCGCUACAGACCGCGCCGGGCCAAGAAGGUCUGGGUGCCCAAGCAGGACACGGACGUGGUGGUAAAGCUGGCCAAGAGCGAUACCGCCGACAGUAUUCCGGUGCCGGAGCCGACCAACAGCGACAAGGACUGGCAGCCGGAAGUUUAGGACAAAGUCCGUUCAGUAUUACUAUGAUUUGAGUUACCUGAUGAUUGUUCAAGUUUUCGUUUUAUUCGUGUUCCUUGUUUCAAAAUACUCUUGUGUUCUGUUACGCUUCUGUUUGUAACGUUCGAUUUUACCGGUGUCGAAGGUCACCGUCGAGCUCUGCGAGCUAGUUCCGUCCGGAAUCUUUGUACUACUCUUAAUUAUAAAUGAAAUACAAUUCUGUUUAAGAUUAUCGAA